GGACGGGGCGGGCCGAGCAGGCUGCUGCCUAUCUCCGCGCGCAAGGGCUCCCGAGCGCUCGUCCUCCGGGGUACGAUAUAGCCUCUGUGCGGGGGGUGCGUACCCGCUGAUGGGGCAGGGCUCCGCGGUGCGUCGGUCCGUGGCGGGGGGAGCGAGUGACCUGGCUUGAUAAUCGGUGCUUUCGCUGCAUAGGCUUGCAGUGCAGUCCACCGGCCUGGGGAAGCGACGACAGAGGCCUCGGCAGCUCAGUGGAAAGAAGGAAACUGGAUAGAACACAAAUUAUGAAGGUGUUAGUCAUUGGACUUGGAGGUGUGACAAAUGGGGGGAAAACAACACUGGCAAAACGACUUAGGAAACAGCUUCCAAACUGCAGUAUACUCUCUCAAGAUGACUUCUUUAAGCCAGAAUCUGAAGUAGAGAUAGAUGAACAUGGAUUUAAGCAAUAUGAUGUUCUUGAUGCCCUUUAUAUGGAGGAAAUGGUGACAAGCAUAUACUCAUGGAUGAAAAACCCAACAGGCUCUUCUGUCUCAACAGCAGAAUCAAAGAAUACACCUGUCAAUCUGAAAAGUACAGAAGAAGUUCACAUUUUAAUAGCUGAAGGUUUUCUUCUGUAUAAUUAUGAGCCUCUUAAUGAAGUAUGGGAUAGAAGAUAUUUUCUGACCAUUCCAUAUGAAGAAUGCAAGAGGAGACGGAGUACCAGAGUUUAUCAACCGGCAGAUCCACCAGGAUACUUCGAUGGACACGUAUGGCCUAUGUAUCUGAAACAUAAAAGGGAAAUGGAAGAAAAUAAAAAUAAUAUCGUUUAUUUGGAUGGAACAAAAUCUGAGGAAGACCUCUUUUCAUAUGUUUAUAAUGAUAUAGUACGGGAGCUAGAAACAUGGAAAAAGUAA